UCGCUCACUUCCUGACAGCUCCACAACAGCACAACAAACCCACCUGUGCCCGGUUGUUUCCCUCCGUUUUUUUAUGUUUUACCGUACUCUUUGUAUCGGUGUCCACGCGGGACUCUGUCCCGGGUGUCCGCGUGCCUUCCAAUGCGCACUCACGUCUGCGUGACGCUGUUUGUGUGCGUGACGCUGUUGAGCGAUGCGGCGACUCAUCAGUUUACAGAGGAGGAGAUGGCUGCUAUCAGGCAGCGCAUCAAAUCCAUGUUCUACCACGCCUACAACAGUUACCUUGACAACGCCUUCCCCUACGACGAGCUCCGUCCGCUCACCUGUGAUGGACAGGACACCUGGGGCAGCUUCUCGCUCACGCUAAUCGACGCCCUCGACACUCUGCUGGUUUUGGGAAACCGCACUGAGUUCCAGCGUGUUGCUUCACUCCUCCAGGGCACCGUAGACUUUGAUAUUGACGUGAAUGCGUCUGUGUUUGAGACCAACAUCAGAGUGGUGGGCGGUCUGCUGUCGGCCCAUCUGCUGGCGGGGAGGGCGGGGAUGGAGCUGGAGCCCGGCUGGCCGUGUUCAGGACCGCUGCUGAGGAUGGCAGAGGAUGCCGCCAGGAAGCUGCUGCCAGCGUUCCAGACUCCCACUGGGAUGCCGUAUGGCACGGUGAACCUCCUGAAAGGGGUCAGUCCAACAGAAACACCCGUCACGUGCACGGCUGGCGUGGGAACCUUCAUCCUGGAGUUCGCCACUCUGAGUCGACUGACGGGAGACGAGACGUUUGAAAACGUGGCCCGGCGAGCGCUGAGAGCCCUGUGGAGGACCAGAUCUGACAUUGGACUGGUGGGAAACCACAUCGACAUCGUGUCUAAGAAGUGGGUGGCUCAGGACGCCGGGAUCGGAGCUGGCGUGGACUCGUACUUUGAGUAUUUGGUAAAAGGAGCCAUCAUGCUGCAGGACGAGGAGCUGCUGGAGAUGUUCCAGGAGUACGACAGAGCCAUCCAGAACUAUACGCGGUUCGAUGACUGGUACCUGUGGGUCCAGAUGCACAAAGGGACCGUGUCCAUGCCCGUGUUCCAGUCUCUGGAGGCCUUCUGGCCCGGCCUGCAGUCUCUUAUAGGGAACCUCGACCAGGCAGUGAGAACUUUCCAGAACUACUACUCCGUGUGGAGACAGUUUGGAGGUGUCCCAGAGUUUUACAGCAUCCCUCAGGGUUACACCGUGGACAAGAGGGAGGGCUACCCGCUGAGACCAGAGCUAAUAGAGAGCGCCAUGUACCUGUUCAGGGCUACAGGUGACCACACCUACCUCCAGCUGGGCCUAGACGCUCUGGAGUCCAUCGAGAAGAUCGCCAAGACGCCCUGUGGAUACGCCACGGUCAAAGAUCUGCGAGAUCAUCAGCUGGACAACAGGAUGGAGUCCUUCUUCCUUGCUGAGACCAUCAAGUACCUCUACCUGCUCUUUGACCCCGCCCACUUCCUGCAUGGCGGGGGCACAGAGGGCGACGGUUCAUGGGAGGAAGGAGGCGAGGGCGGGGAGUGCGUUUUAGGGGCGGGGGGGUUCAUCUUCAACACAGAGGCUCACCCUCUGGACCCCGCAGCGCUCUACUGCUGCAGCCGUCACUCCCAGGACCGCCAGGAGCUCCGAGACAUCCUGGUCAGCCUAUCAGAGCCCGUGGGGAAAUCCCGCAGGAGCCAAUCAAAGUCACAUGACAAACAGACAGAAAACCUGAACCAAGGCCAAUCAGAGAGCAUCGCUCUUAAACCUGGGGAGAAGAAGACCAAUCCUCUCCUGUCCUGCCCUGUACAGCCGUUCAGGGCUCGGCUCGCCAUCUUGGGACAAGUUUUCACUGGUAACACGUGAAGCUGCCCCGUCCUGGAGCUCGCCGUCAUCAGAACAGAUGAUCCUAAGCCAGAAGGGUGGUGGGACGGGGUGUCAGGAGGAAAUUCAUGAUGCUGUUUUUCUUUUGUUUGUGACUAAACUCUUCCAGGACCCAGACUGAGACGCUGACUGUGUUUGUCUAACUUAAUUUAAAAUGUGAAAUAUAUUUUUAUUUACUGG